AUGAGUCAACCAAAAAUUACUUUGCAAGAAGCGAUGAGUACUCUCACAAGCAUGUUCCCAUCAUUCGACGAAGGAACCAUCAAGAGUGUACUGUAUCAAACGAAUGGGCAUAUGGAACGAACAAUAGAGUUGUUGUUGGGAAUGGUGCCAGAAGGUGGAGAUGAAAUUCCACGGGGAGCCAACACUACUACACAUCAACAGCAAUCAUCACUGGCAAAUCAACAGCAACAACCAUCGAAUAAUACAUCAUCAUCAUCAUCUACAAUUCAACAUACAUUGGAUGAUAAUUUUCUCAGAUAUUCAAAUUUAAAUGUUGAUAUGAAUAGCGGCAGUAAUACUGGUAAUUAUUAUUAUGAUGAGCAAUCGGACGCUCCACUUUAUACUGAAGACGAAAUCUAUGCAUACCGAUUACAAAAAUCAUUGUACGAACAAGGUUUAAGCUCUGUUCCACCACAAAUGCCAGGAAUGGACGAGCCUGUAUUAGAUCCUACUCCAAGCAGAAGUCAAAAUCCAAAUAUCAGAAGAGAUGUCGAUAGCGGAUUUUCUUCAAGAGGAAUUGGCUCAAAUUCUAGCGCAAGCUCUCAAACAAGCUUCACUUUUGAUCAACUCAGUGAUUUUGCAAAGAAAAAAUUCGCUGACUUCAAGAAGAGAUUUACUACCAAUACUGCAAACAGAAACACAAACACACAAAAUCCAGAGCAAGACAAGGAAGAGGAGAGAAUGAGAACUGGAUUGCUCGGUCAACACGACGACGAUGACGAAAAUGAUCGAUUGUAA